AUGUGUUUAGUUGAGAUGACAGCGUACGGACACUUGCCAGGAGAAGCCAUCGAAUGCCUCAGUAUUCCAGUCGAGCUGCGCAAGCAGCGAGUCGUCGAUCAAAUGGGCAAUGUGGCGGUUCGCGUCGGAUUCCGAAUCGGCGGUGGAAUCGAUCAGGAUCCGACCAAAGCGCCUUACAAAUAUCCAGAUUCGGGAAUUUACAUAACGAAUGUCGAAAGUGGAUCACCGGCUGAUGAGGCGGGAUUAAGACGGCAUGAUAAAAUAUUGCAGGUGAAUGGCGCCGAUUUCACAAUGAUGACACAUGAUCGUGCGGUGAAAUUCAUCAAAAACUCGGAUGUGCUGAAAAUGCUGAUUGCGCGUGCCGAUUUUCCGCCAGUCAGCCUUCACUAG